AGAUGUACUUCAUUAAAGUAUUUUUUUUGCAGUUGCUACCAGAAGUAAUGGGGGCAAAUACGUUCCUCGAGCAAUUUUACUGGAUUUGGAACCAGGAACCAUGGAUGCUGUCCGUUCUGGAAUCUAUGGAAAGCUGUUUAGACCAGACAAUUUCGUUUUCGGACAGUCAGGUGCAGGAAAUAACUGGGCUAAAGGUCACUACACAGAAGGAGCAGAACUGGUCGAUGCAGUUCUGGACGUUGUCAGAAAAGAAGCUGAGAACUGCGAUUGUCUUCAAGGAUUCCAGCUAACUCACUCGCUUGGGGGCGGUACAGGAUCCGGCAUGGGCACUCUAUUGAUCUCAAAGAUAAGGGAAGAAUAUCCCGACAGGAUAAUGAACACCUAUUCAGUAAUGCCAAGUCCCAAAGUGUCAGACACCGUUGUAGAACCCUACAAUGCCACCCUUUCAGUCCAUCAGUUGGUCGAAAACACCGACGAAACGUUCUGCAUCGACAACGAAGCCCUCUACGAUAUCUGCUUCAGGACACUGAAAGUUCCCAACCCAAGUUACGGAGAUCUAAACCAUUUAGUUUCGCUCACAAUGUCGGGAGUCACAACGUGCCUUAGAUUCCCCGGCCAACUUAAUGCCGAUCUUAGGAAGUUGGCAGUAAACAUGGUGCCUUUCCCCCGGCUACACUUCUUCAUGCCAGGUUUCGCUCCUCUAACGUCCAGAGGAAGUCAACAAUACAGAACUCUUUCAGUUCCCGAACUUACUCAACAAAUGUUCGACGCUAAAAACAUGAUGGCUGCAUGCGAUCCAAGGCACGGUCGAUACUUGACAGUUGCUGCUGUCUUUAGAGGAAGAAUGUCGAUGAAGGAAGUCGACGAGCAGAUGCUUGCCGUUCAGAACAAGAACAGUAGUUAUUUCGUCGAAUGGAUACCGAAUAAUGUUAAAACAGCCGUUUGUGAUAUUCCACCUACGGGACUCAAGAUGUCAUCUACAUUCAUCGGUAAUACGACCGCUAUACAAGAACUGUUCAAGAGGAUUUCCGAACAAUUCGCCGCCAUGUUCAGACGCAAAGCUUUCUUGCAUUGGUACACGGGUGAAGGCAUGGACGAAAUGGAAUUCACAGAAGCUGAAUCAAACAUGAACGACCUUGUAUCAGAAUACCAGCAAUACCAAGAGGCAACCGCGGAUUAA